ACGUAAGUGGGGUGCCAUCUACUUGUAUUACGUCGGUAUAUAUGUAUACUGGUAUGUACAUGUAUAGAUGGACUUACGUGUCAUGUUCGAGAAGAAUGUACAGAAGUGUGCUAGUGUUGAAGUGCGACGACAUCGAGCUGCAAACACGUGUGUGCGUGUGCACAUAACGUAGUUAUAUACCACUAUUAUAUUAGAAUUGUCAACAAAAUCAAGUGACAUCAGAGCCAGAAACGCUCGUGUUCCGUUUCAAACGGAUUCAGUAUACAGCACACAUACACAUAUACACAUCCGCGAUCCACAGACAGUCAGUGAUUCUGUAAAUAUGAUUCCCAAAGUUGGUCGGUCGAAGCCGAUUAGCAAGACCUCGAAAACAGCACCGAAACCCGAGCCAAAACACACACAAACAGGUGGGUUUCAAGGUAGCGCAGCACGUGCCACUUUCAAAGACACUAAAUCACACACGAUAGCGAGCACAUCUACAGAUACGACAACACAAGGAGUGGGUGCUGACGUUAGAACAAGUGUGAGUACACUAACCAGUAGUGAUGGCGCAGUAGAUGUGGGUGUUGUAGGGGAGGGUGAACUUCCAAGGAAAAGUAUCGAUGUACACACACAGAAGAACAUAGGACAGGCUUCUAGGGCUCUCACAACAGCAACCACACAUACACGCACCCGUAUACAUGAUGAUGAUCUUAAUUCAGAUACAGAAAUAGAACAAUACCAUGCACCGGCAACGGUUAGGCUGCCUGCGGUAAAGGCGAGCAUACGCACACGUGGAGAAAGUUUUGAUCCAGAUACAGAACGAGGACAAGAACAUGUAGUAGCAGAAGUUGAGCUGCCCAUGACAAAUGUGAGCAUACCCAAUCGUUCUGAGCAUAUAGUGGAUAGCCAAACGAAGAAGCGAGUUGGCACAAAACUACAGUCGACAAGCAGAGCAGAUAAAGUGUUGUCAACACAGAGUGAAAAGACGAAGAAAGAGAUCGCAAAUAUUUCUGAUGCAAGAGCGGGCGCUGAGGUUGUAGGAUCGGCACUAUCCACGUCCUUGACAGACAUAUCUGCAAACACAGACCUACCUUUAGAGACUGUUAAAGCUGGGAAUGAGGAACUCACACAAGUACAAACACAAACACAUGCACAUGCACAGGCGCACACCACUGUGCUUACCAAAGCAUGCACAGGCGCACGCAGAGGUACUAGGAGCAUCAGAAAGACGUCCAGUAGUUGGGUUACUGAACCUGUACAGGAGGAUACCCUUUCGGAAGCAGGUGACACUACUAGUACAGAUUUGGCCCGAAGUACGGAGGUUGUCGAGGCGGAGGCAUCAUCUCUGACUGCAGAUUCAGAGGCAGCCGGUACUGCAAUAGACGGUGUUGGUACAGUGGCGGAUGGAAUGGGUGACCAGAUGGAUGACAAAAUAAUGGAUGACGGAAUAAUAGAUGACGGAAUAAGCCAGACGGCAGCGAAGCGGAAGAAAAGAGCGAAGGAGGGCAAGCACGCCAAGAAGAACCUUAAGAGAGGGGCGGAGACGAUCACGAGUUACUACCAGAAGGUCGAUGUCCGUAAGGGUACACCCCACGCAGUAGAUGGUAGUCAAGGCGAUGACAUGAAGAGAGGCGACGAUGAAUCAAUCGGCGUUGAGAAGGGAACAGAUAAAGUGGAUGGUGAAGUACCUGUGACUGCUGGUGAGGGCUUGGACGGGCACGCAGCUGCAGAGGACAAGGGAGAUACAGUCACUGCACUUGUGGAGACACAACCAGGUGUACCUGGCGGAGGGCAAAAGCGUGCACGAGGUAAGAGGAAACAGAGUGUGGAUGUUAGAGGGACUGUAGCGAAGGUAGGGGACGAGGGUGGGAAGAGUGCUAUUAUCCACCCAGACGUGGAGGGGGGUGAGUCUGUGGCUGAGGUGGCUGAGGAUGCAGAUGCAGAUGUCAAGCAGAAUAGGGACGAUACGAAUGGGCCAAAGGCAAGUGGUAAAGGCAGGAAGAGAGGACGGCGGAAGAGCCAGCAAACACACGAACACGUCGGAGAGUGUUCGGAAGUGGAUUCAGAUGUGUGUGUCGAAAGGGAUCUAGCUAGCUCUGAUACCACCCAUGACGUUGGGGUCCAUGACAGCGGUGGUGGUGCUGAGGAUGCUGAAACAACCGGAGAGGAGGAGAAGAAGAGUGCUCGUGGUAGAAGGAUGCAGAUUCAGACUGCCACGGGAGAGAGUGUGGGCACAGACGUGCAUGUGGAUACGAAUGCAGGCAGCUCUACUACCGCACAGGGUGCCGAGAACUCAGACCCCAGAGAGACCGUCAAGGGCAAACGAAGUGGAGGUGCGAAGAAGGCCCGGAAAACUGGGUUAACAGGCAAAAAAACCACACGUGGACGAGGCAAACAAACCCACAAGGAGUCAGGUGCGACAUUAUAUGUCGAUAUGAACGCUGCUGCCGAGACAGAUGCGGAUGGAGCCCCCUCUGUUGUUAUUGUGGAACCGGAGAAUCAUGACGCCGUAGUGGUAGUAAGCGGAACGAGUAAGCGCAGCGUGCGUGGGAAAAGCAAGCAGCUGCAGCAUGAAGGUGUGGUUGGAGAUACGGGGGCUGAUACGGAUGCAGUCCAAAUAGUGGCCAGCCCUAUUGCUGCUAAGCAGCAUGUGAAGGCUGACCCCGGAGAAACCGUAUCGGUGGCAGGUAGAAAGGGCGAGAGGGGUGUGCGGGAGAAAAGCAAACUUAUCCUGAACGAGUGUGUGGAUGUAGAAAUGGACGUAGAUGUACCUGCGGAUAUUGAUUCUACUAGCAGUAGGCGUACCCGUGGAAGGAGUAAACCGGUUCAGAAGGACACGGGCGAGGAUGUGGAUCCGAAUGGGGAUGUUGUCAGGGAUACUAAUAGCGAUGUAGCCAUGGAUACCGAAAUUAUUGAUACUGAAGACACCGUGCUCAAAGUAGAUGGUAUAGGCAGGAAGAGUGCACGCGGUAGCCGUAAGCAGAUACUUCAACCUGCGGAGAAUCAUCUGGACGUGAACGCAGAGACUGGCAUGGAUGUGGAGAAGGGCACUCAAGCGGCUCAGGCUGGGGAGGAUGGUGCCGCGAGAGAAACCGUGCCAGAGGUGAGUAGGAAAGGUGUCCGUGGUAGGCGCAAACAACCACGUAAAAAUAGUAGGAAGGGAUUGGAUGCGGAAGGAAAUGCAGACGAGAACGGAAGCGUGCCUCCUGCUACUGUGGAUACCGAGAACUUAAAUCUCGGGGAAGCUACGGUGUCUCAAGGCGAGAGAGAUGCAACGACAAAGGCUGACACAGCAGUAGUUGUGAAGACGGAAAGCACCAAUGGAGAUGGCGUUAGUGGCCAAGUUGAAGCUCAACACUCACCCAGGUCAUCGAGAUCGAGAUCACAUGAGCGAUUCGUAUCUAAAGCUAAACCGGGGAAAGGGACCGCUGCACCUGAGAGUGAGGAUAGGACCGCUGCACCUGAGAGCGAGGAUAGGACCGCUGCACCUGAAAAUGAGACAGGAAUGGCACUGGAAGGGGAGACGGAUAUCCUAACUGCCAAUGAAGGUACCGAUGUCCCUGUAGUCGCUGACAAGACCAAUACGACAGUGGUCGCAUGUGAAGCAGCGAUCAUUGCAGCCAAACCUGAUCAAAAUGUGAGCGAUGCAUCCAAGUCCGAUGUUGGGACCGUUGGGGACAAAACGGCAAAAGUCGUAGAGGAGGCUGCGGAAGUGGUCGAAAUACAAGACACGAUUGCUUCUCAGAGAGGGCGGAGGACAGUUCGGGCCCCGAAAAAUACAAUUCAGGUGCACGACAGUGAAAACGACGAGUCGAGCAAUGUCCAGCAGAAGAAGCCUAAUACGCCCAAGAAGAAGAGCACAAAGAAGCAGAAAGUUGCAUCUGAUACCAAAGCCAGUCCAAUGUCCCCCACUUUGGCCAAUGCACCUGUUAUGGGACCGCUGCAGUGUCCGUUCCCACAGUGUUCGUUUAUAUCGCACAAACCAAACGACUACACCCACCUGACAUCGCACGAGGAGGUGCAUGCUAAAGAGUAUGCGCUACUUCUGCGCUGCCCCUACGCCAAGUGUGGCCUGGAGUUCUGGCAGGCACGGGCCCUCAAUGUGCACCUGCGUAUCACCUCACACCAAACGUCACAGAAACGGGUGCGUAAAAGUGCGCUGAAGGAGAAAGGACGGAAGAAUUCGGUUAUAUCUAUUGGCUUGUCUGAUACUGAGGACCAAUCGGAUGCGAGCGCUGACUCUGGGCCAAUCAGAUCGAAGCGUAAGCGCAUCGCCACAAAAAGGAAGGCUGGUUCUAAAAACAGAAAUAGUAUAAGCAGUCCGGUCAAGGCACGCACGCCCAAGAGGGGUGUACAAGAGAGUGCAGUCAAAGUGGCGAAGACUGGCAGCACGGCAUCUGCGAAGAAGAAGAGAGGAAGACCUGCUACACAACUGAAGAAGAAGGCGCCAACCAAGGCUGCCAACCCUCCUCCGGUAUACAUGUCUGGUGAUGAUGACUCGUUCAGCGUAUCAAGUUUAUCGGACGCCGACAGUGACUUUAAUGUUGAAAUCGCUGUAGCCAAUGACCGCCUGGAGAAGUUCGGUACCUUGGUCUCAACUCGAAGCGCAAAGCGGAGUCUAUCUGGUGACGAUGACAGUGACCAUGAGAUUGAGGAUGAGAGUGAGGAGGAAGAAAUAACGAAAUCGAAGAGAAAAUACGUCAGGAAAGACGUCACAACGGCAAAAGCCACUAAGAAGCAGCCCAUAAUCACGGCUCAGGGAAAAGAACUGAUGCAGUGCUUGGUGCUAGGCUGUAAGAUGAAAUUCCCUGCCAAGUCUAUCAGCAGCCAUAUGACUAUAGCUCACUCCAUGAAGGACGCUCCUUUCAAAUGUCCCUUCACGGAUGUUUGCGCGAAGGGAUUCAAGCAGAUUAGCGGGCUGCUUUACCAUUUAAAGAAUAAUGUUGUCGUCGAGGAUGGUUUUCAAGUACAUCUUGAGGCAUCGAUCAAAUUCAUCAAUAGAAGGCAGCGCAUCCCAGAAAGAAAAUAUAAGGAUCUCUUGCCAGUGAACUCAAACUUCCCUGCACAACCCCCCGUACGGUUCGGCUUCGCUAUGCGAGAUAUGAAAGAGCAGCCACAGCUGCAUCACAGAUUAGCGGGUGCUCCAACAACUGCGGCCAGAGUUCGAUACGCUCCACCGGGCAACAAAUUGAGUAAUCUUGAUAAGAUACAGCUAUAUAGACAGGAUCCGCUAGAUGUAGACUGGCGAUGGGAUACUGGUGGCCACACCCGGUUCCAGCAGUUCCUGCCUACCACUCAACGCACACGGCUGAUCACAGCGAACGGCACAAAGCGUGUAGCGUCGUAUCUGGGGCAUUCGUAUCCGAAAGACACGGUGUUGGUGCUCAAAAUAGUCAAAUCAUACCACAAAGAUAAGCUCAAGAAACAUUACCACAGCAACGCCGUAUACAUGCCUAAGAAUGUCAAUCCUCAAGAGAUUCAUGAGGAGACCACGCACACGGUGCGGCUGUACCCUACUGAAGGCGUCGGUGUAGACCUUAGCCCUGUCGUUCACAGGAGAGAAGUUUUGAUUGAGUACCUCAAGAACCUCAAGAAGAGCGUGCUGAUGUUCUCCCCUCCCCCGCCGCAAACUGACUACUGCAUGUACUUCCCAUCGGGUGUGUGUGCUUUGGCCUGGGCCCCUAAUAUAAACCGUAAGAAAGGCAUAGAGAGGCAGUAUCUGGCGCUGAGUGUGCGCGAUGACUAUGUGACUACCACUGGGGGUGUGGGGAGGGUGGCGACGCUGCAGAUAUGGGACUGUGGUAUGCUGGAGAACCAUACCAGCGAUAUGAACGCCAAGACAUACAUUUUGCCACGGUUGGCUAUGGUAGUUGCGCUCAAACAGACUGCCGCUAUAAAGAUGCUCACGUGGGCCCCAUGCCACGCCAGGCAAGAACCCGCUCGUUUUAAAAACAGCACGGAGUCAUCUAAAAAUAGCCCGGCACAAACGACGCAUGGCCUGGAUACCGCCAACGAACAGAGUACAGCCGGCAUAAACGCGACCAUCAACGGGGCGAGUACGAGCACGAAUGGUAUCGGUUCCCAUAGCAACGCCGAGAGAAAGGGUGCAGAUACGGAGAGAAGGGGAUUGAGCCGGUUGGGAGUGCUAGCUGUAACGGAUCAUGAGGGGAUGGUGCGGUUAUACGCUGUGCCCAAUGUGGCAGAUGUGCGGAAGCAGAGCGAGGAUCGUUCAGACAGAGACACAGGCAUAGUACACCUGGAUCCUGUGGCAUUGCUGUCCAAACCCAGCAGCCACUCCCAGUGCACUGCCAUUGACUGGGGCAUCUCCCACAAGAUAGCUAUAGGUACUCUCGACGGCAUGGUGAUUGUGUACGACCUAUCCCACUUUCUGAAAGACGAGGCUCUAGUGCCACCACAAAAGACCCUCCAUAUCCCCCACAGUCAACACUUUAUGGCCGAGAAGCGUGCGGUUAACCAAGUGUGCUGGCACCCCCACUUUGAGCAGAACGUGGUUAUGACUAGCGCCAUCACUGGAGAGUGGCACAUAUGGGACACCCGGGAUGCAGCUACCUGUUUACUCAGCAGAAACUCUUACGAAUACGCCUCCGUAGUGCUAUGGCCGCACAGUUUGGGGUCGUUCUACGUCGCCACGUCUUAUGGGAGUGUGCGAGAGCAUGGGGUGGUAGAGCAUAAGCUGAAACCAAACUGGGUACAGAAGAUAAGACCGGGAGUCAUGCCCAUGGCCAUGAGCUACUCACUACCCCUCAAUGCGAUGGCGACUGCCUUCGAUGACGGAGCCUUGUCUGUGAGUAACAUAGGACUGAUCUAUAAGAAAAAGGGUGUCAAGGAUCGCAACGUUUGGCUGCAUGCGACGGUUUUGGAGCCGAACCCGAUUCCAAAAAUACUGCCCUCGCUUGUGGCAUUGAAGAAGGAACGAGCAUUGGCUUUAAAAUCGAAUAUAAAGGGCAAGAACAAAAAACAGGCGAAGAACCCACCGUCGGAUGCAAGCGACUCUGAACCAGACAUAGAAGCCGCAGACGAAACACCCGAGGCAGAGGCGGAUACGGAGGCACCAAGUGCGCCAGCAAACCCAAACCACCACGUGUGGAUGAUCAAUGAUCAGAUUUCUGAGCUGGGAGGGUUGCCCACAAAGGCCAAUCCCGCGCCAAUCCCUGAUUGCCUUGAGGAGUUUCUGGGGCCUAAAAGCGUUUCGAUCACACAUGUGCAAUUCUGUCCAUCCUUCAUGUCGGGUACCUGGGCAGCCUACGCCUACGAGUCCGGAUUCGUGCGCAUACGAUGGUGUGGUGAUAUAUAGAUACACGCACAUGGAUUCCAUUCAAACUCUUUUGAUGCAGAUUCGUGCGUUUUCAUAAGUAUAGUAAUCUAUUCGACCAUAUAUAGUAGCCUAUGCGACCAUAUAUAGUAACCUAUGCGACCAUACAUAGUUACCUAUGCGAUCAUACAUAGAGCUCCAUUUACAACGCUUUGAAGUCAAGACCUCAGUGUACACGCUGGUGUGUUACCGUAUACGUCCAGGCAUGAAAAGUUGCCAACACGCGUAGAUGCAUGAGCCACCGAGAUACGUCGACUGCAAUGGGUGUCCUGUCUAACGCGUUCACCUACAAGCAGCUACCAACGCCCUUGUAUGAAUAUUAUUUAAAAGAAGGACUCCCAACCCAACCCGUAACCGGUGUAAGCCAACUACCUAUAGCUUCAUCCGCAACUAUCAAUCUGCCCACAUCCUCACGCAACAGUGAGCGCAUGAUGAGUUGAAGUUGAUGAGUCGAGUGUGGGUGGUGGUGCAUGAGGACGCAGACGUUGAGUGGGAAGGGACGCGGAGAAGCACGUGAGUGGUGACAUGAGCGCUUGCAGGCGCAGCGUGUUUGUGCGUUAUAGGUGGUGUGCCGAGGUCUAUACAGCCCAGGUCAGCUGCACCCCCGAACGUUCAAUCUGUUCUAUACGGAUGCAGUGGACAGCACAUGCGUUUGCUAUGAUAUGCCUCUCGACAGUAUCCAUGCUCCGUAUAGAGAAAAUCACCCACUAGCUUAUCGAUUGAGCCACCUGUAUGUGUAAGUGGGGGGGGGUGGGUAGAUAUCACAUGACUUAGAACAAAUCACACAAGUGCAUGAUCUACGGAAUCGCCACAGACCGGACACACAGUGUGUGUGUGUGCUUGCUCCAUGGCCUGGCUGGUCCCACUAACUGAGAAGUCUCCUUAGCAGUGGACGGUCAUAUGCAACUUCAGUCAGAUAUAUAGGCGCAGAGUUGAGGUCACCUGCAGGGUUCGUCGGCUAUGGAUACUAUUGAGUGGCUACUUACCGCCCCGUUUGAUUAAACGUUGUACGUUUAAAACUGUCGAUGGAGUAUACGCCCAUCCGAUUGCGGGUGCUCGCUCACGAGCUAGUGGAUGGUUGCCUACCAGCGCCUCCGAUAACAUUUAACGCGACUUGGUCGGCUUCAGAGACCUCCUACGGGAGUACGGAAAUUAGUCCCCAUGGAUAAGCGAAGGUGCCUGCGUGACGAUGAACGUCACCUGCAGAUGUAGUGGAGCGGCCGUCUGGCUGUCCACAGAUAUAUUAUAGAGUACACAUUCUCCACAGAUGUAUUCAAGUGUUCGUAUUCUGAAAAGAUAUAUCCUAGAGUACGUAUUAUCAACAGGUAUAUUCUAGAGUACGUAUUCUGAAAAGAUAUAUUUUAGAGUACGUAUUCUCCACAGAUAAGUUCUAGACGACGUGAUCUCCACAGAUAUAUUCCAGAGUACGCCUUCUCUGCAGGUAUAUACUCUAUCUGGAAGGGCUGGAUAAGACAUGCAGUCUAUGAGCGUGGCUUGUUAACGUCCCGCCAGAGGUAUGCUAACAAGUCACAGCUAUGUCCUUUAGAAUACUUUGCUGGACUGGCACAGGAAAAGCACAUAUGCACUAUGGUACCUGCAUUGGGAUAUGUAACUACUGUGUGUUUUUUUAGUAUAUAGUAUAUACACAAGCACAGAGAAUCCGGAUGCACAUGGUACCCCAAAUAAAUGAAUAUAAGC